AUGGUUGAAGGUUAUAAAGAAGUUGGAGAAUCAUUUAGCCGCGAACAUAGUCAACAAAAUCCAUAUGGUCCAAACCCAGCAGAUUUCUUGUCAAAUGUUGGAAGUUUCCAAUUGAUUGAAUCAACUUUAAGAGAAGGUGAACAAUUUGCCAAUGCUUUCUUCACCACUGAAAAGAAAAUCGAAAUUGCUAAAGCUUUGGAUGACUUUGGUGUUGAUUACAUUGAAUUGACUUCCCCUGUUGCUUCUGAACAAUCAAGAAGAGAUUGUGAAGCCAUUUGUAAAUUGGGUUUAAAAGCCAAAAUUUUAACUCACAUUAGAUGUCAUAUGGAUGAUGCUAGAGUUGCAGUUGAAACCGGUGUUGAUGGUGUUGAUGUUGUCAUUGGUACUUCUCAAUUCUUGAGACAAUAUUCUCAUGGUAAAGAUAUGAACUAUAUUGCUCAAAGUGCCAUUGAAGUUAUUGAAUUUGUUAAAUCCAAAGGUAUUGAAAUUAGAUUCUCAUCUGAAGAUUCUUUUAGAUCUGAUUUGGUUGAUUUGUUAAAUAUUUACCGUACGGUUGAUAAAAUCGGUGUGAAUAGAGUUGGUAUUGCUGAUACCGUUGGUUGUGCCAACCCAAGACAAGUUUAUGAAUUGGUGAGAACUUUGAAAUCUGUGGUCAAAUGUGAUAUUGAAUGUCAUUUCCAUAAUGAUACUGGAUGUGCUAUUGCCAAUGCUUAUACCGCCUUAGAAGGUGGUGCCAAAUUAAUUGAUGUGAGUGUUUUGGGUAUUGGUGAAAGAAAUGGUAUUACUCCAUUGGGUGGAUUAAUGGCAAGAAUGAUUGCUGCUGAUCGUGACUAUGUCUUGUCUAAAUAUAAAGUUCAUAAAUUGAGAGAUAUUGAAAACUUGGUUGCUGAAGCUGUUCAAGUUAAUAUUCCAUUCAACAAUCCAAUUACCGGUUUCUGUGCCUUCACCCAUAAAGCUGGUAUUCAUGCUAAAGCUAUCUUGGCUAACCCAUCCACAUAUGAAAUUUUGAGUCCUAGCGAUUUCGGUUUGACUAGAUAUAUCCAUUUUGCCAACAGAUUAACUGGUUGGAAUGCCAUUAAAUCGAGAGUUGAUCAAUUGAAUUUACAUUUGACUGAUGAACAAUGUAAAGAAGUUACUAACAAGAUUAAGAAAUUGGGAGAUGUUAGACAAUUGAACAUUGAUGAUGUUGAUUCAAUUAUUAAAGAUUUCCACGCAGAUUUGGGUACUCCAAUUGUCAAAGCCACUAGUCAAGGUUUACCAAAAGUUCCUCAUGUAUUAGAAGGUUUAGACGAAUCUGAAGAGAAAAGAUUGAAAAACUAA